AUGCCUUUCCACACCAUCCUCUCCGCUCUCAUGGCAACUACAGUAUGGGCACACAUGGAACUCCACUCCCCUGCCUCCUUCAACAGCACCCACAACCCGCACCGCACCACCCCCUCCGACCCGUACCUCCAAUACCCCUACGACUGCUGCGGCCCCAACGACCGCUGGACCUAUCCCUGCCGCGGCUACCUCUCCCUCCUCGGCACGCCUCAAGGCUUACCCACCGCCACCUGGGAAGCUGGAAGCAUGCAGACGUGGAAUUUGACGGGGAUUGGGAAUCAUUAUGGGGGGAGUUGUCAGGUGGGUUUUAGUGUGGAUGGAGGCAACACUUUCCGCGUCGCGACGAGCUAUGAGGGAAAUUGUCCGUAUCGCAAGAAUGGCGUGGGACCCGGUGGGCAGGAUUUCGCGAUGCGAGUCCCUGCUGAUUUGGCAACGGGGGUGCAGGUCUUUGCCUGGAUCUGGUAUAACCGGGAGCAGGAAUUCAACAUGAACUGCGCCGCAGUAAACAUCACCGCCCCAACCUCAACACCAGGGCCCUACGCCUUACUCUCAACUCAGUCAACCCUAUCUACAAUCCCCUUCUCCUCCCGCCCAGAAAUGUUCAUAGCAGACGACGGCAACGGCUGCUCAACCCCUCACACGACUGCGGAGCUCAAGUAUCCUCUUCCCGGGCCAGAUGUAGUGAUGGGGGAUGGAGAGUACCCUCUUGCCUUACCGAGUGGGAAUUGCAGUGCUGGUAAUGAGGUUGGGAUGCAGGGUUACGGAGGGGAGAUGGGGGAGGAUGGGCAUGCGACGCCAUCGCAGGUCUAG